ACAGACAUGGUCAAAAUAGAGAUCAGAGUGAGUCACAGUAGUGAAACUGCUUUUGCAGAAGAAUCUGAGUAAUCGUGUGUAUGGAUUUUCUAUUACAAGUGAAUGAGAACCUAACACCACCACAUUUUUGCUCUCUCCCUCCGUCCUUUGCAAUACCUCUCUCUUCUUUCCCCUCCAAACUCUUCACGUCUACCUAUUUCCUUUUCUUACUCUGCUUUUUUCCAUAUUUGUCUCAUGAACAUCACCUUGCAGCACUUCCACUACACCACCACUACUACUAUUACUUCCUGUUGCCACCAUCUAAAUCAUAUGUCAUGAACAAUUACUGCACCUUCCAACUCAUCAAUGGAGACCUUCACAAACAUGGGUUCUCAGAAUAUUUGUCGUUCUUGGAGAGCAACCAAAACAGUAGCGUUGCUGAUAAAUGUAAGGGAGAUAAGAAUGGUGAGGGUUCAGUAAUAAGUGGGCAAUCAUCAAAGGUUUGUGCUAGAGGCCAUUGGAAACUAGCCGAGGACACUAAACUCAAGGAACUUGUUGCACUUUAUGGACCUCAAAACUGGAACCUUAUAGCAGAAAAGUUGCAAGGAAGAUCAGGUAAAAGUUGCAGAUUGAGAUGGUUCAACCAGUUAGACCCAAGAAUCAAUAGAAGUGCUUUCAGCGAAGAGGAAGAAGAAAGACUAAUGGCAGCUCAUAGAGUUUAUGGUAACAAAUGGGCCUUAAUUGCUCAACUUUUCCCUGGGAGGACAGAUAAUGCAGUUAAAAAUCACUGGCAUGUUAUAAUGGCUAGAAAAUACAGAGAGCAAUCCUUUGCUUAUAGGAGGAGAAAACAGACUGAAGCUGCUAAAAGAAGGGCGGAAGAUGGCAGUGGUUCUGCGAGCAGAAUUAAUGAAGUAGUACCCAAUCUUUGUAAUGGCAGAAUAAUCAAACCAUUUCGUCACGUCCCACUUGCUGAUGUUAAUUCUAAAGGUUUUUACGACUUGACUUCUAGUGAAGAUGCAGGCACAAGUGGUAGACUCUUGUUUGUUAGAAGCAGCAAUCUGCUCUCUCUUCCCCAAGGAUCAUGUGCAGAACAGACGCCUUUUGAUUUCUUUUCUGGUCACAAGAGUUAUGAGAUUGCGAAUCAGCAGGAGCACUGCAGUGGUACCACCUUCUUCGUUCUCCACAACAUGCAACAAUCAAGAAACCAUCACUUUUCUGCAGGCUUCUCAGACUCAAUGGCAUCAGCAACAUCUCAAGUCUCAGUCAGUGAACCAUCUUCUUCAUCAUCACUAUCGUUUGCAGAGAACAAUGCAGCCAGCCACUUUGAGACCACAAUGUCACCACCAUUUAUAGAUUUUCUUGGAGUAGGGGCUUCUUGAAGAAUUAGAAGAGAACACCGCGAGGUCGAGAGAAAGUAGAAGUAUCGUUUCUUGCAUGAAUCUGAUUUAGCCUUUUUCGUCAUGAUCAUAAUCUUUGUUCUUGUACACAAACGGCCUCCAAAGAUCUCAUUUCCAAUGCUGAAUCAAUGAAGUAGCACUAUUGAUAUCUA